AAUUUCAUUUGAAUUUGAAUUUUGAAUCAGUUGUUGCUUGCACGUUGUUGCGAACGGUUGUGCCUGGUUGGAGUUGUAUUCUGAAAAUUUAAUUUUCCGGCUUUCCACGUGUUUCCUUGGAUUACACUGCAUCUGCGCUGCAUUCAAAGUGCCCGGAUCAUCUGGAUUCAUCGGUUUUGGUAUACAUAGACAGUGAGUGGUGCAAGAGAGGAACCAAAAUCGAGCUGCCGAGCAGUCCCAUUGACCAUACGAGUGUUGAUCGCCGAACAGUACGGAUUCGUUCCCGGAGUUUUCCUCAGCGAAGAAAGUGCUAUUAGCCUAGUGCCUUAACGGAAUUGCGGUUCAAAGUGCAGUGCGCGAAAGCAAUCUACCAGUGAAGCAAAUUUAUCUUUACAAACAGUUAACUUUUUAAAGCCUUUUUCAAAAUGAGGGAAAUCGUUCACCUGCAGGCCGGUCAAUGCGGAAACCAGAUUGGUGCCAAGUUCUGGGAAAUCAUCUCCGAGGAGCAUGGAAUCGACGCAACCGGCAUUUACCAUGGCGAAUCAGAUCUGCAACUAGAACGUGUUAGCGUGUAUUACAAUGAAGCCUCCGCAGUCUCCCGUUCGUCGGGUGGCAAGUACGUGCCACGAGCAAUCCUGCUCGAUCUGGAACCGGGUACCAUGGAAGCCGUCCGCUCCGGAGCAUACGGCAAGCUGUUCCGUCCAGAUAACUUCGUUUUCGGCCAGUCCGGUGCAGGCAACAACUGGGCCAAGGGACACUACACCGAGGGUGCCGAGCUGGUGGACGCCGUGUUGGAUGUGGUGCGCAAAGAAUGCGAAAACUGUGACUGUUUGCAGGGAUUUCAACUGACUCACUCGCUGGGAGGUGGUACCGGAUCCGGUAUGGGAACACUGCUGAUCUCCAAGAUCCGUGAAGAAUAUCCAGACAGAAUCAUGAACACAUACUCGGUGGUCCCAUCGCCAAAGGUGUCUGACACGGUCGUGGAGCCAUACAAUGCUACUCUGUCUAUUCACCAGUUGGUCGAGAACACCGACGAGACCUACUGCAUUGAUAAUGAAGCUCUGUACGACAUCUGCUUCAGAACUCUGAAGGUGCCAAACCCAAGCUACGGCGAUCUGAACCAUCUCGUUUCCCUGACUAUGUCCGGAGUUACCACCUGCCUUCGUUUCCCAGGUCAGUUGAACGCUGAUCUGAGAAAGUUGGCCGUCAACAUGGUGCCGUUCCCACGUCUGCACUUCUUCAUGCCUGGAUUUGCUCCACUGACCUCCCGUGGGUCGCAACAGUACAGGGCUCUUACCGUUCCAGAGCUCACUCAACAGAUGUUCGAUGCCAAGAAUAUGAUGGCUGCUUGCGAUCCACGGCAUGGACGAUAUCUGACCGUGGCUGCCGUUUUCCGAGGACGUAUGUCUAUGAAGGAGGUCGACGAACAGAUGCUGGCCGUUCAGAACAAAAACAGCAGCUACUUCGUGGAAUGGAUCCCGAACAACGUCAAGACCGCCGUCUGUGAUAUUCCUCCAAAGGGUCUGAAAAUGUCUUCGACCUUCAUUGGAAACACCACUGCCAUCCAGGAGCUGUUCAAGCGUAUUUCCGAACAAUUCUCCGCUAUGUUCCGUCGCAAGGCUUUCUUGCAUUGGUACACCGGUGAGGGCAUGGACGAAAUGGAAUUCACUGAGGCUGAGAGCAAUAUGAACGAUUUAGUGUCUGAGUAUCAACAGUAUCAGGAGGCGACGGCUGACGAUGAGUUUGAACAAGAAGAGUGCGCUGACGAAAUGGAAGGCGAAUGCGUCUAAAACAACCGCCCCAGAGGCAUCCAUCGGUUGUCGAGAAGCAUUUUUUACUAUUUAUUACUUUUAGUUAGAUAAAUCGAGCCGAUUUUUAUGUGUAUACAAACCGAAGAAAUAGUCUUUAUGGAAAUUCUAACAGUUCAUCUAAUCUCGGAUCUCAAGCAUAUUUACUAAUGGACAGUUCAGAUCAGGAACUAGGAAUUCUAAAAUACCCCAAUAAUAAUUUCCGUUCAAAUCAAAAUCCAUUCAAGCACAUAAGAAUCAUCAAUCAAACUAAUAAUGUGUAAGUAAGAGAGCGAGAGUGUGAGCUAGUGUUGAAUUUGUAAGUGGAGACUUAGCCCUUUCUCACCAAACGGCCAUAUACUGUAGCGAAACUCGAUCAUGAAAGUCUACAUUCAGGCAGUAUUUCUAGGGAAAAGAAAUAACUUGCGUUACUGAGGAGUUACGACUUUCAUAUCAUGCUGGCUGAGGCGGUGAGUUGGGUCACUCCAAACGGUAGAGUUACGAAGGAGAGUGAAAAACAGAUGAAGCUGCCAAUCGAACGUAGUUUGUGGACCAAUUUGCUUCUUGCUAUACGACUCACGUGCAUCAUACACUUAGCAAUAUAUCCAAAGAUUUUUGAGAAAUGAAGGUUCGGUUAAAAAAAGUUGAGUGUCAGCCAGUCUUUUGUAUUUAUAAUUCGUUCUCUUUAAGCAAGAACAAUCACUAUGAAUAUCGUCGUUCUAAAAUCUUUGAUUCAUCGCUAUUUGAUAUUUAUUAUUUUGAAUGUUUAGAAUCAAUACCGAAAACAAUUUAAAACUUCAAAAUACAGGAAUUGUCAGUUUUAUUUUGAGCUAAAUUUUAAUGACGAUACAGAUCAACUAUCUACUAUAUCAACUACACGCGUACAUCGACGACAAUCUGGGACAAUUGAAAAGUGUUAGUGCGGUAAAAUAAAACAUAUUUUGUAUUUAUUUGUAAA